UGUUUCUUGGUUGCACUUCUAAACGGUAGCUGCUUAGAAAACACGUCCAUGAAAAUACAAUCAACUAGUUUCCCUCUUUAUUUCGUCUUACAAUAUAACAUGAUUGUAAUUGUAAUUACUGAAAGUUACCAUAAAGUGUUACUAGUUUUGAAAAGGAAACGGAAUGUUACACAUGUUGAAUCUGUGAUAACUAGAUUUGAUAACUAGCCUAUAUUUUAACAUUCGCCUCUAGUUUUUUUUUUUUUUUUUAAUAUAUAGUCGAAUAACGUCACUGACUGUCAUAAAAGACUGUUUUCGUAUCUGAGAUGGAAAUUUUAAGGAAGAAAAGCGGGGUUUUUUAGAGAAGUGAGAAACAGACCGCAAGCACUUUACCAUUUACUCUCUUCAAACAAAAAUAGAAAGAGACAGAAUGAAAAAGGAAACCCUUCAUCUCAAAAAGCUCGAGUGCAUCGGUGAUCUGAUAUUUCUCUUGUGGUGAGAUGAAGGCAGCAGAUGGGAACAUGAGCGAGUGACACCGUGACGCUCAGCGCUGGGACGUCUCCGCUCCACACAUUUCCAGAUGCAUACUGGGACGAAAACGCCUAUGCAGACUCUGGCUAUGAUGAUGAUGAUGAUGAUGAUGUCAUCAUAUUCAUCUCUUGCAGAUCAAAGUUUAAAUUGCCAUAAUGAUUUCCACAACAACUUCACAUGUGUUUGGGACACCUCAAAACUGGACGUGAUCCCCCCGGUCCGACCCGAGACCAAAUGCUGGAUGAAUGUAUCAGUUCAGAAGAUAAAGCUGGAUCAAAAGAAGGCGGAUUUGAUUGCAGACCCGAUGCAGCCUCACAUACGCUCUGCCACCGUGGUUUUUCAAAGCAAGAGAGGUAUAAUGACAUCAACGGCCAGAUUACAUGAAGUCGUCUGGUGUGAAAACAACAAAAAUCCUGUGGCUGAAAUAGCAAAACAUACAGGAGAGGAGAGUGCUGUGAAAGUGGCUCCUCCUCAGAGAGUGAACGUUCAUGGGGUCAAUGUUUCUUGGAGUUGUGAUUCUUUAAAACCCUAUUUUACUUCUGAGUUUGAGGUCCAGUACAGAUCUGCUGCUCAGAGCUGGAAGGAUGUGGAGGGUUCUAUCGUAAAAACGUCAGAACCUCACUUGCAGCUGUCAGAAGACAAUUUGCUCUUAAAUCAUCAGUAUGUGAUCAGGGUGAGAGUCAGGUAUGUGCGGACCAAUGCCCUGUGGAGCGACUGGAGUGAAGAGUACAGCUGGACGUCUGAUGUGGGUCAGACAGCAGAGAUGCUCCCGUUGGAUUCCUCGAAGGCAAGAAUCAUUCUCACCAUAAUCACUCUGGCCAUCAUAGUAAUCUUCACCGUUCUCAUCAAGUGCAAGAGAAUCAGAAGGAUUGUGGCUUGUUCACCUUUCAGGGUCCAGAAGAAGGGCUCCACGUAUAUUCCUGAUCCCUCCAAAUUCUUUGGUGAUCUGAACUCGAGCCACAGAGGGAAUUUCACGUCCUGGCUGGGUUCGGUUUUAGUGCACGAGAGCUUCAUCAGAGUGGACACCGAGUUCAUCAGUCCGGUCGAGGUCCUGAAGCUGCAGGACGCCUGCGAUUCCCGAAGCACAUGCAGAAACAGCGGCAGUCUGCAGGACACAUGGGGCGACACUGUCAAAUCCUCCAACUUCUCAAACUCCACCUACUUCCUGUCCCAGAGUUCCAAGGGGCCGAGGGACACUCUGGAGCCCUGCUCGGCGCACUCCUCCUACGGGCCAGCAGGGGGCGGCAGCGGCGUGGAGACGCUUCCUCAGCGCAGCGCUGAAGAGAAGGACGCUGAAGAGCUGGAAUUCUCUCUGAAGAAGCUGGAGAAGCUGCGCCAGGACACGCAGAGUCCAGAUUCGGGUUUCGCCGGCGGAGCCGAGGACAGCAUGGAGGAGACGGAGCUGCCCAGUCCUCUGUGCUUAACCCUGCUCCCUCACCUGCCCCAGGAUCUGCCCGCGCCGCAGCCCAACAGACACCCGCUCCUGGGCCUUCAGAGCACGGAUCUGCUGCUGCGACCGAGCUGCCCGAUCCCUGGCUUAGACCUGGACCUCCAGAGCUGCUGCGGGCUGAUAGAGCCCUCUAGUGGAGAUUACAUGCCAGUGAAAAACGUGCAGAGUUAGUGUUGAUGGCCAGAACGUUCACUCGGCAGUGGAUUUAACGGUAUCAGAGCGAAGCACGCUUUGGGCUACACAGAAAUUGACAAGCUCAAUCUGUAACUGCAGUGAAAAUAAGGAAGCUUGAGAGCGAGUUUUGCGCUGUCUGUCGCGGCAGUGAAGCGUGAGCAUUCGUUCUGUCAUCUUCUGCUCACCCUCAUGACGGAGAGGAUUCUGCUGGAGUGUCUGAGCUGCUCUUGUCCAUUCAGUGAAGCACAGCUGUACAGAAAGAGUUUCAGUGUUUCAGACUAUGGACAACUGUUAUGACCCUGGAGCACAAAACUAGUCAUAAAGGUCAAUUUUUUCAAAAUUGAGAUGUAUGCAUCAUCUGAAAACUAAAUAAAUAAUCUCUCCAUUGAUGUAUGGUUUGU